UAAAAUUCACCUUUUAACAAUGGUCUGUGAUAUACAAAUUUGUGUCUGUGGCGGUAUAUGCAUGUUCAUUUCAUAAAACGAAACAGUGUAUAUGUACAAAUUGAGGGAAGUCUAUGCCACUUAUAAUAUGAAUUGACUUCCGGGCAGCAAAAAAUUAUAUUUUCGAAUUCAACAUUAACAUCAUGUACGAAUUGACUUUGUGAUCUGUUUAAAUAUAAAAUGUUUUGUUUGGUCCAUAAAAAUGUAUUGAAGAAUUUAUAUGAGAAGUUGUUCAGUGAUUUGCACAUAAACAUAAAACAUUUUUCUCUUUUUUUUAUUGUAAGCAUGGUGUGAUUAUCCAAUUUUGUAAUUGCUUUUUUGUCCUCAACAAUUUUUCAUUGCUAUAAUACUACACACAUAAAUAUUGUGCAUAUCAGCCACUACGUCUGGUGUUUUAGCAUGAAAAGUCAAGAAAGAAUCGGUACUCUGUGAUAAAGUGAAUUAAAUUUAGUGUUUUUGCUACAAAAUCAGUUCUUUUCCCAAAAAUAUUUUUUUUUUACAAAAAAAAUAAAUAAAAAUAAUUUCGUCAAAGUACACAUCUAACAAUCAAAAUAAUGGAUAGCUCACCCGAUUUGUCACUGAAAUUACGUCGUGGAUCGAGCGAUUCAAGGGAUUCAUUCUAUAUGGAUUUUGCGCAGGGAAUUGAUUCAGAUAUAGAAGAAGUAGCAACAACUGUAUCAGGACCGAUUCAUGGUCAAAUUGAUACGACACUUGGUGAUGGAGAUUCACCAUCGCCGACAAUGCCAUUGCCACCUCCACCGCCAUUGCCAUUAGAUGAAGGAUCUAUCACAGACUUAAAUGCACAAUCAUCGAAGCGUAUUCCGUCGCCGACAUCACAAAACGUGUCGUUGAGUCAUCAUUCCUCGCCCGCCCGAACAUCAAGAAUACAUCAACAGCAUCACGUAACAAUAAACGAAUCGAAGCUUCCAUUGUCCGUUUCGUCACAUCAUCAACUAGUAGCACUAUCGUCGACUGCACCGUCACCAGCGACCGGUUCAUCACACACUGCCCACACGGGCCAAACUGGCCACUUAGCACUGUUGUACCAUUCGUCAUCUACCCAUCACCAUUUGCAUCCGAUACUGCCGAUUGCAAGACGACCAUCUCGUUUACCGGAAACAAUUUAUGUAACCAGACCCCGUGAGAUCAGAGCGGGCGACGCUCUUGCAACGACAUUUUCAGCACUAUAUGGGAAAUUAUUGGUAGUAAUGGGAAUUGCUUUUCCCAUGGCAGAAGUCAUAUCAACAUAUAUACCGCCGUCGUUUUAUGAGGGCUUUUAUCUCUACCUGUAUAUUGGGAGCAUGGUAUUUCUGCUGUUUAUGUAUGCUACAUUGAUUUGGGGUCGCCCGAAAACGGUUCCAAUGCCAAAUAUUUCGAAAACAAUUCAUCGACACAAAGGAUCAUCAAGCGAUUUAGAUAGUAUAGACGAAUCGGAUACCGAAAGCCAAACAUCUGGAUCAAAACGACAUAAAAAGAGUGUGGUUAUGCCACCAUUACGGCGACCGUCAUUAUUGGUUCAGCCGGGACGUCAUCACUAUGGAAGUUUCUAUCUUCGUAUGGGAGCAGUUGCGUUCGGCAUUGGCAGUAUGAUUUAUUCCGGCUUGGAGUUUGGCCAAUAUUUCGAACUCGAACGAGACACAAAAUGCCAUAAUGUUAUGUUGGCUUUAACACCAGCUACCCGAAUGGCAUUUAUAUUCAUCCAAAUGUAUUUUAUCUUCUUAAAUAAUGAACAAAUGAAAGUCUACCGUCACAAAAUCAUCGCACGAUUUGGUUUAAUGCAUAUGAUUGGAACAAAUUUGUCCGUGUGGUUGAACGUCCUGAUACAAGAAACGAAACACGAAAUUUUAACAUUUUACAAUCCUGAAAAUCGAACCUUACGAAUAUCACACAGAUUAGGUAAUAAAAUAGCUCAACAUGCGAUCGAAGCGGAAACUGCACAUCUACGAAUAGCUCGCGGGCUAAAGGGCCCCCAUCAUAUUUUCGAAUGUCGGCGCACGAAUAUUAUAGGAACUCUGGUUCAAGAUGCAUCACCAUUCUUGUUCCCCUGCACCAUCGAAUAUUCCCUAAUUUGUGCCGCAAUUUUAUACGUUAUGUGGCAGGGAAUUUGUCGUCCAAUACCAGAUCCUCCGCUACGAUUAGAGGGUCAUUCGCCAUGCAAACGUUCCCCGCAUCAUUAUUCCGUUGAUUGUGCACGGGCGCACAAAGGACUAUUCAUCGGCAUUUUAAUACUCGUUUUGACCAUCAUAUCGCUGAUACUAUUUUUCGUUCUAAUAUCACGACCCGAAUUCGUGAGCUUAGCUGUGACUGAAGUAACGAUUUGUGAAUUGACGCUGUACGCAACAGCAACCAUUGCCACGCUUAUUGGCAUGAUACAGGUUCGACAUCUUCAAUAUGAUGCGUUGCGAAGCUUUCAAUUGGACGACAUUCUUCUGGUUGGAGCUCAGACGGGCCUGUUUUUGUACAGCACAUUCACGGUCAUCGGCGGUCAUUUUACAUUACGACGUGAUACCAUUUUAGUACUAAUAACUGCAUUAGCAUCCAUCGUUCAAACGGCAUGCCAAACAAUGUUCAUACUAGAUGCAAGUCGACGAAAUGCAGCCACACAGGAACAUAUGCGCAAAAAGCCCGGCCGUGAAAUUGUAACAUUUUUACUUGUUGCCAAUUUGGCAAUGUGGGCAAUAAGUACGCUCGAGAAGUCACGUGCAGAAAGUCAUCCCAUCCAAUUAAAUUUUUAUGGAUUAUGGGCAUGGACAAUAAUUACGCACGUUUCGAUGCCACUGGCCAUCUUCUAUAGAUUCCAUAGUACUGUUUGUUUGUGCGAGAUAUGGAAACGAGCGUAUAAAAUGAAACCGGCAUAUAUGUGAGAUCAUUGUUGCGUAUGCGAGUGAUGUGAGAGAUGUGGUUGACAAAUUAGUUCUUGUUUAUGGUUCCGAUUAUCUAUUUUAUAUAUAUUUAUAGAAAGCUUUUUAUAAAUUAGACUUAAACGCAGACACACAAGAAAAAAAAAUUGAAUGAAUUGGUUUUAAGAGUUAUUAUACGGGGGAGACAUAAUUUUACGUACCAUUUAUACACUUGCGUUCGUGUUGAUAUUAUGAACAAUGACCUACAUUUUAUAUUAGUAUAUACUACCGACAAAAAAGCAAACAGCCGUACAACGUGUUUCAUAUAAUCAUUUCAAAUUUAUUCAUAUUCUAAUAAUAAUAAAUGUGACUAAAACUUAGAACUAAAUUUAAAACAAAACAAAAAUGCUUGUUGUAAUAUACAUACAUGGUUAAAUACCUGCACGUCAAACUUAAUUGGACCGUUACGGCUUUCCAAUUGGCCACUUAAAACCGAUUUCUUUCUGGUUUGAAGCAAGGGACGAA